AUGUCAGACACCUCUCCGUUGGUGGUUACAUCGAAGGAAAACACCCCUGCUGCAAGCCAGAAAUCCAAAAUUGAUGCUGCAGGAACAGAAGUUGUUGCUACUGAUGGUACCACUGAAUCUGAGGAUUCAAAUAAGCCUUUAAACUAUAAUAGAAUAACGGAUGAUGAGUUAUAUAGGCAUUCUUCACAAUACAGAUUUUGGUCUUUCUCGAAGGAACAUCUGAGGGAGAAAAGAGACAUGACAAAUAAACUGGCUGUUGAAACGAUAGAGAAAGACCUGUUUGAUUUCAAAGCACUAAAUGAUCUUACUCCAGAGGAACUCAAUGCUUUAGAUACGAAAGCUGUACCUUUGACAACCGAGGAAGAAUUAAAAUUGAUAGAUUUUUACGCUAAGAAAGUUCAAGUGAUAUCACAACAUUUGAAUCUACCUACCGAAAUAAUCGCUACAUCAAUUUCAUUUUUCAGGAAAUUUUUUCUAGAGAACUCAGUGAUGCAAUUUGAUCCCAAGAAUUUAGUUCAUACGACUGUGUUUUUGGCCUGUAAAGCAGAAAAUUAUUUCAUUAGCGUGGACUCCUUUGCUAAAAAAGCUAAAUCUACAAGAGAGUCAAUAUUAAAAUAUGAAUUUAAAUUAUUAGAAAGUUUAAAGUUUACACUUUUAAUUCAUCAUCCUUAUAAACCAUUACAUGGGUUUUUCCUAGAUAUUCAGAAUAUUUUACAUGGUAAAGUUGAUUUGAAUUAUAUGGGUCAAAUUUAUGAUAGAACAAAGAAGAAAAUCACGCAAGCCCUGCUGACAGAUGCUGUAUAUCUAUAUACACCUCCACAAAUCACACUGGCUGUGUUAUUAAUUGAGGAUGAGCCGUUAAUAACGAAAUAUUUAGAAUUGAAAUUCGCCGACAACGAUAAUGAUGAUAACGGUAAUGAAGUGAAGAGGAAGAAGAAGAAUUCCAUUGAUUUAACAGUAUUACUAUCUGUAAUAAAAGAAUGUAAAGAUGUUAUUGAAAACCUACAAACGGUCUCCACAGAAGAUGCAAGGAAAAUUGCCGCCAAGAACUAUUUUUGCCAGAAUCCUAAAGCCUUAAUUCAGAAUUUGAAAAGGAAACAACAGCAAGCUGGAAGUAGUACAGAACCUGAACAAAAGAAGCAAAGAACUGAAUAA